UGCGGCCCUGAGGUGAAGGAAGGAGAGUUCUGCUCUGCCGUGGCACUGUCCCAAGGCUCGUGGUCUGCUGCCUUGCCUGUCAGUGUCUUUUUCUUCUUUCCUCCCCUUCAGAUCACAACAAUUGUCUUGGGAGAGCAGGCUCUGACGGGAGCAAGACUGCCCAGGAUGUCCAACUGCCUGCUAAAGCUGACCACAGUGCUGCUCAGCCACAGGCUCAGGGCUCCGUUUAUCAUCGCUGCUUCAUUUGUGUUCUUUGCCUCUGUCAUGUUCUACUGGAGAACUGGGGAGGAUGCUGAGGGCCAGCUCUACAGCUUGCCUACACAAAGCAGGUAUGAAUGGUUUUUGCCUUACCUUCCCCAUCCCACUGCCAGUGGGCCCCCUCCUCCACCAGGGGAUGUGUUUUUUGUGGAGACCUCGGAGCGAACUAACCCAAGUUACCUGUUCACGUGCUCCGUGGAGUCAACGGCCAGGACGCACCCUGGGACAAGGGUUGUGGUGCUCAUGAAAGGCUUGGCAAACGGGAGUGCCUCGUUACCCAGCCACUGGGGCUUCUCGUUGCUGAGCCGCUUUCCCAACGUGGAAUUCCGGCCCCUGGACUUGCCAGAGCUUUUCUCUGGAACACCUCUGGCAAAGUGGUACUUGCAGGCUCAGCAGCGCUGGGAGCCUUAUUUCUUACCCGUCCUGUCUGACGCCUGCAGAAUUGCCAUCAUGUGGAAAUUUGGUGGCAUCUACCUGGACACAGACUUCAUUGUGCUUAAGAACUUAAAGAACCUCACCAAUGCCCUCGGUAGACAGUCUCAGGAUGUACUGAAUGGGGCUUUUCUGUCCUUUAAGCCCAAGCACGAGUUCAUGGAGCUUUGCAUGCAGGACUUUGUGGAGAACUACAACGGCUGGAUCUGGGCGCACCAGGGCCCAGAGCUCCUAACACGUGUCUUCAAGAAGUGGUGCUCCAUCAGUAAUAUCCAGAACGCUAUGAGCUGCAAAGGCAUGAGUGUUCUUUCCCCAGAAGCCUUUUAUCCCAUUCAGUGGCAAGACUGGAAGAAAUUAUUUGAAGCAAUCAGCUCCUCAGAGCUUCACAAGCUCCUUAAGAACACCUACGCGGUGCACGUAUGGAACAAAAUGAGCCACGGGACAAGGCUAGAGAUCACGUCCCAGGCUUUGCUGGCUCAGCUGUAUUCUCACUUCUGCCCUAUCACAUAUGCGAAGAUGAAGAAGGACUCUGAAGAGCAGUCAAGGCCUGCAAUGUGACCUGUGGGCCCUUGGCUGCAGGGAAGUUCCCCAACCUGAAGGAAACAGAGUGCCUUUCACCUUCCACAGAAUUGGUUUCUAGCACACGGAGCAGGUAUUGUGUGUGACAGCUCAGUGAUUUUGUACCAUUUCCAAUAUCUGCCUCAGAUCCUACAUGCUUCAUAUAUACACCAGAACCUGAGUUCAGACUCUCUUGUUGUCCUUCAGUAGCCCUCGAUGCUGCAGGGGAGGGUGGACUUGUUCAUAGGUGCCUAUCAAUUGCUCUUCUAUUGCUGUUCUCUCAAUUGCUCCUCCUGUGUAUCAGGCCUGGAAAGCUUUUCGUGUAGUUUCAACAGCUGUAGGAACCCUUGGCUUGCUCUCUGUAAUGUUUCUAAGUAUGUAAAUAAAUGCCAGCCAGUGCUAUAGGACACGGUUUACUGGAGCUUAGGACCAAAUUCCCCAGGUGGUAAAGAUUCUUACGGCUCGUGAAGUAUAUGGGGAGUAUAUGAAAAUUGCUUUAAGAAACGGAAAACAUUUUAAAUCCCUGCAUGGCUCAGUGUAAAGUUUUUCUUGCGUUCCAAAGCUACUUUAUUUCAAAUGAUCUUUUCUACUGUUUUAAAUUCCAUAGCAAUAGGCUGACUUUUCUGGUCCUCUUCAGGAAAACAAAUAGACAAAAGCAGUUCUUUUACCAGUGUGAGUAAAGAUCCUUCCUUUGUUGAAGAAAUUCUUGUGGGAUGUGCAUAUCUAACCAGUCCUUGUCACUCUCUCAGAGGGUCUCAGCAUCUGCCUGUUUCUGCAUUCAUAUGAGAAGGAAAAGCAUUACCUUCCUUUCAUUGGAGUAUUGAACACAUUGUGGAAGAACAGGGGCAGGCAUGUCCACAUGAGCAGAAGGACCAGUGACCACGUCCAGGAGUAGGACCAGUGUCCCCAGUGACAUCUAUUAUUGUCACUGGGGACCUAGUCAAUGGAUUAUGCAGGGUCAUUCAUCUAACCCUAAUGCAGAUUACACAAGCAGAUAAGUGACUGCAGGCAUCACUGCCUGUAAUGGGAACACAGGUGCCUAUACCACGGACUUCUGAAGUUAGGUGAGAUAAAGCCGACUGUGGCUUCUAGAAAACCUGGGCAAAGUCGAUGCAGUGAUAGACCUGGUGUUGAUCUGAUGGCCAGUCUCACAUCUAAAUGUGUUUCCUGUGUGUCCAGGGCACUGUAAUUGUACGAAUGCAUUUGAAAUUAACCUCUUAUGACAUGAAGAGAGGAGAAAAAAAAAUGUACUGUGGUUCUGCUUGUGCCAAAUUAAAAUUCCUGUCUGGAAGGCUAAGUGUAAGCAAUGUGUGGUUAUUGCUCUUUCAGCUAUGCUCUUUCAGCUAACAAGUAAGAGAAAUAUGUGUAUCAAUUUUCAUAUGGCCUUUUCCUAAAUUCCAUUAUCUGCUGAAAAGUACAGUGUUAUGCAUGAAGGAAGGCUGAUGUAAGUUUGAUCCAGCCUUAAUAUGAGCAGCAGUAUGUUUCAAGGUUUGUCAAACACUAAGCCACGGCACACUAUUGAUUAAACACUCCAUUGCAGACUAAAAGCAAGUGAGUCA